GACAUCCCCAACUGUAAUGAUUAUACCCUGAAGAACAUAAUGGCUAACCUCUAUGUAGCUUUACUUCUUGCUGGGCUUCAUACUUUUGCUUAUUGCCACCGUGUCCCUGCCCAUCAUGAAAGGGAAAAUGAGCACCAUAUUUCUGCUAAACAUGACCAUAAUGCGCCUUAUCUGAAGUUAGUCCCAGGUAAUGUCGACUUUGCUUUCAAAUUCUACAGAGCAGCUGCUGAAGGGGCUGGCCGGAAUAAUAUUUUUUUUUCUCCCCUGAGCAUUUCCACUGCUUUUUCCAUGCUGUCCCUGGGAGCAAAGUCCGACACACUGAGGCAGCUUUUGUCAGGACUUGGUUUUAACCAGACAGACAUCACUGAGCAUGAAAUACAUGAAGGCUUCCACCAUCUUCUCCGCAAAUUAAACAGUCCUGAUGCUGAACAUGAGCUGAACAUUGGGAAUGCCCUUUUCAUUGAUGAGAAGCUGAAACCCCUCAAGAAGUUCUUGGAUGAAACCAAACAUUUCUAUAUGUCUGACGUUUCUCAUGCUAAUUUUGAGAAUCCUGAAGAAGCCACAAAUCAGAUCAAUAGCUACAUAGAGGAGAAAACCCGUGGAAAACUAGAAGAUGUUAUCAAGGGCCUUGAUCCAGAGGCUAUAAUGGUUCUUGUAAAUUAUAACUAUCUGAAAGCUUACUGGAGGAACCCUUUCAAUUAUGAAGCUACUCGAGAAGGGGAUUUCUUUGUGGAUAAACACACUGCAGUGAGAGUUCCUAUGAUGAACAGAGAUGGCUUCUUCAGCAGCUACCGUGACACAGAUCUGUCCUGCCAGGUGGUGCAGCUCCCUUACAAGGGCAGUGCUUCCGCAUUGUUCAUUCUGCCCGACCCAGGGAAAAUGAAACAGGUGGAAGAUGCUCUGAACAAAGAUGUCUUGUUUAAAUGGCUGCAUUCACUGAGACGUCGGAGAAUAAACCUCUAUGUGCCUAGAUUUUCAAUAUCUGGGAAAUACGUUCUCAAAGGACUGAUGAGAAAAUUGGGUGUUAUUGAUGUAUUCACAAAUAAUGCAGACCUUUCUGGAAUUACCAGGGAACAUAACCUGAUGGUUUCUAAGGCUCUUCACCAAUCCUUUGUGAAUGUCCAUGAGAAUGGGACCGAAGCUGCAGCUACCACAGUUGUGGAGAUUGUUCCCACCUCCCUUCCCCCUGAAGUGAGAAUAAACCACCCUUUCCUACUGCUCAUCCAUGAAGCUGAAACCAGUUCCAUCUUAUUUAUGGGAAAAGUUAGAAAUCCAAAAGAGAAUUGAUCACACAACUGGGGGGCUUCUUGUUGACAAUGUAGUCUUGCCUAAAUAAACAGUAUGUGUGAAAA